AUGUCAUUUUCAGAUUCUGAUUCGUCUUCUCAUGGCGGAGCCACAGAGUACAAAAUUUUCCGUCAAGUCAGCCGUGACCGGUUAUUGCACGAAAUGCUUGGAUCAACCAGAACAGAGAAGUCCAAAUCUUGGAAGGUCCUCAUCAUGGAUAAAAUAACAGUGAAAGUCAUGUCCCAUUCAUGUAAAAUGGCAGAUAUCACAGACCAAGAAAUUUCAUUGGUGGAAGACCUUUUUCGAAGGAGAGAACCAUUGCCAUCCAUGGAUGUUAUUUAUUUCAUCCAGCCAACAAAAGAGAAUAUUGUCAUGUUCUUAUCUGGACAUGGAAUCCUGGAAGGGAGCCUCUGUACAGGAAAAAUGAAUUUGGAAUACUUUCCUGCGGAUAGUCAGGCUUUUAGCACUGAUCAAGAAAGGGCAAUGGAGGAGCUCUUUGGUAAUUUUGGGAAUGCUCGCAGAUUCGAUGCUUGCUUGAACAUAAUGGCAACUCGAAUUGCCACGGUUUUUGCUUCUUUAAAGGAGCUGCCAUUUGUACGGUACCGCUCUGCCAAGGCACUGGAUGAAUCUACAGAAGCAACACCUAGUGAUUUAGUUGCUACAAAGCUUGCUGCUACUGUUUGGGAUAUAAUUUCAAAAUAUAAAUCUUCUAUUCCCAACUUUCCACAGAAAGAAACAUGUGAUCUGCUCAUAUUGGAUAGAUCUGUUGAUCUGAUUGCUCCUGUCAUACAUGAAUGGACAUAUGAUGCUAUGUGUCACGAUUUACUGAAUAUGGACGGGAACAAAUAUACGCAUGAGGUUCCUAGCAAAACUGGUGGUGAUCCUGAGAAAAAGGAGGUUCUUUUGGAAGACAAUGAUCCAGUAUGGCUUGAGCUUCGCCAUACACACAUAGCAGAUGCUAGUGAACGAUUGCACGACAAGUUUACCAACUUUGCAUCAAAGAACAAGGCUGCACAACUCCAACAGAGUGCAAGAGAGGGCAAUGAAUUAUCUACACGCGACUUGCAGAAGAUGGUUCAAGCUUUGCCACAAUACACUGAACAAGUUGAAAAGAUUUCUCUUCACGUUGAGAUUGCAGGGAAAAUUAACAAAAUUAUUAAGGAAACGGGACUUCGAGGCCUUGGGCAACUAGAGCAGGAUCUUGUCUUUGGAGAUGCAGGAGCCAAGGAUGUCAUCAAUUAUCUGAGGACCAAUCAGGAUACAACUCCUGAAAAUAAGUUGCGUUUGUUAAUGAUUUAUGCCUCUGUAUAUCCUGAGAAGUUUGAGGGAGACAAAGCUACUAAGCUAAUGCAGUUGGCAAAAUUAUCAAGCGAGGACAUGAAGGUUGUGAAUAACAUGCGGUUGCUAGGGGGUUCAUCAGAGUCCAAAAAGACAUCUAGCAGCUUCUCGCUGAAGUUCAAUGCUGCAAAGACAAAGCAAGCAGCGAGAAAGGAUCGCGUUGGUGAGGAGGAAACAUGGCAACUAUCUCGGUUCUAUCCCAUGAUAGAGGAGCUCAUAGAAAAUCUUAAUAAAGGUGAAUUACCAAAAAACGAGUAUUCAUGUAUUAAUGAACCCAUUCCAGCUCCCCAAGGGGGUAGCCUGAGAGGCAGCCGCUGUUCAUCAGCACAGACAAGCCAAUCUACCACUGCUCCUCAUUCAAUGAGAUCAAGGCGAACUGCAAAUUGGGGACGGGCUCGGCAUUCUGAUGACGGAUAUUCUAGUGACUCGGCUUUGAGAGGUGCAGCUACUGAUUUCAAGAAGAUGGGGCAACGAAUUUUUGUAUUUAUGAUUGGCGGGGCAACUCGAUCUGAGCUACGAGUUUGCCACAAGCUGACGACGAAAUUGAGAAGGGAAGUAAUCCUGGGCACUACUAGUAUCAUUGAAUCCCCACAGUAUAUUACGAAACUGAAGCUGCUGUCAGAAAAAGAACUAGCAUUGGAUGGCCUUAAAAUCUAA